GCCCUCCGCACUAGGAUGUUGCGGCAGGUCUUGCACAGGGGGCUGGGGACGUCCUUCUCCCGGCUCGGCCACUUCGUCGCCAGCCACCCGGUGUUCUUCGCCUCGGCGCCCGUGCUCAUCUCCAUCCUGCUGGGCGCCAGCUUCAGCCGCUACCAGGUGGAGGAGAACGUGGAGCACCUCCUGGCCCCCACGCACAGCCUGGCCAAGAUCGAGAGGAACCUGGUGGACAGCCUCUUCCCGGUGAACCGCUCCAAGCACCGGCUUUACUCCGACCUGCAGACGCCAGGGAGGUACGGCAGGGUGAUCAUCACCUCCUUCCGCAAGGCCAACAUGCUGGACCAGCACCACACCGAUCUCAUCCUCAAGUUGCACUCUGCUGUGACCAGGAUCCAAGUUCAAAGACCUGGUUUCAAUUACACGUUUGCCCAUAUAUGUAUCCUGAACAAUGACAAGACAUGCAUAGUGGACGACAUAGUGCAUGUACUGGAGGAAUUAAAGGCUGCUCGUUCUUCUAAUCGAACUAAUUUUGCAAUCACUUACCCGAUUACUCACUUAAAGGAUGGCAGGGAAGUGUAUAACGGGCAUCAGCUUGGUGGGGUUACUGUGCACAGCAAAGACCGGGUGAAGUCUGCAGAAGCCAUUCAGCUCACCUACUACUUGCAGGCAAUCAACUCCUUGAAUGACAUGGUGGCAGAGAAGUGGGAAUCCAUCUUUUGUGACACUGUUGAACUUUUCCAGAAAUCCAACAGGAAAGUGAAAAUGUAUCCUUUCACUUCUUCUUCGCUGAAGGAGGAUUUCCAGAAGACGAGCAGGGUGUCAGAACGCUACCUGAUCACAAGCUUGGUCCUUGUGGUCACCUUGGCCAUUCUCUGCUGCUCCAUGCAGGAUUGUGUCCGCAGCAAACCCUGGCUUGGCCUGCUGGGAUUGCUGACUGUGACCCUUGCCACCCUGACUGCAGCUGGGAUCAUCAAUCUCACUGGUGGGAAAUACAAUUCCACCUUCCUGGGAAUCCCCUUCGUCAUGUUAGGUCAUGGGUUAUAUGGGACUUUUGAAAUGUUGUCCUCCUGGAGAAAAACUAGAGAAGACCAACACGUUAAAGAGAGGACUGCAGCUGUAUUUGCAGACUCCAUGCUCUCGUUUUCUCUCACCACUGCCAUGUACCUGGUCACUUUUGGAAUAGGUGCCAGUCCCUUCACUAACAUUGAAGCAGCCAGGAUUUUCUGCUGCAAUUCCUGUAUUGCAAUUUUCUUCAACUACCUCUAUGUACUCUCCUUUUAUGGUUCCAGCCUGGUGUUUACUGGCUACAUAGAAAACAACUACCAGCAUAGUAUCUUCUGCAGAAAGGUACCAAAACCAGAGGUGUUGCAAGAGAAGCCUGCAUGGUAUAGGUUUCUUCUGACAGCCAAAUUCAGCGAGGACACUGCAGAUUCAGAGGAAACGAGCACUUACGAGAGUCAUCUUUUGGUGUGGUUCCUAAAACGCUAUUAUUGUGACUGGAUAACAAACACUUAUGUCAAGCCUUUUGUAGUUCUCUUUUACCUUGUUUAUAUUUCCUUUGCCUUAAUGGGCUACCUGCAGGUCAGUGAAGGGUCAGACCUGAGCAACAUCGUAGCGACCGCAACACGGACCAUUGAGUAUACAACAGCCCAGCAGAAGUAUUUCAGUAACUACAGCCCGGUGAUUGGGUUCUACAUCUACGAGUCGAUCGAGUACUGGAACACCAGUGUCCAGGAGGACGUGCUGGAGUAUACCAAGGGCUUUGUGAGGAUAUCUUGGUUUGAAAGCUACUUAAAUUACCUUAGGAAACUCAACAUAUCUACGGGCUUGCCCAAGAAGAACUUCACUGAUAUGUUGAGGAACUCCUUCCUGAAGGCCCCUCAGUUUGCUCAUUUUUCAGAGGAUAUCAUCUUUUCAAAGAAAUACAACAACGAAGUUGACGUCGUGGCCUCCAGGAUGUUCUUGGUGGCCAAGACAAUGGAAACCAAGAGGGAAGAACUUUAUGACCUCCUGGAGACCCUGAGGAAGCUCUCUCUCACCUCUAAGGUGAAAUUCAUUGUUUUCAAUCCAUCGUUUGUGUACAUGGAUCGUUACACCUCUGCGGUGGGAGCCCCCUUACAAAACUCCUGCAUUAGUGCUUUAUUUCUGCUCUUCUUCUCUGCAUUCCUGGUGGCAGACUCUCUGAUCAAUGUCUGGCUCACUCUAACUGUUGCCUCAGUUGAGUUUGGAGUUAUAGGUUUUAUGACCUUGUGGAAAGUGGAACUAGAUUGUAUUUCUGUGUUGUGCUUAAUUUACGGAAUUAACUAUACAAUUGACAACUGUGCUCCACUGUUAUCAACCUUUGUCCUGGGCAAAGAGUUCACAAGAACUAAAUGGGUGAAAAACGCCCUGGAAGUGCAUGGGGUAGCUAUUUUGCAGAGCUACCUCUGCUAUAUUGUUGGUCUGAUUCCUCUUGCAGCUGUGCCUUCAAAUCUGACCCGUACACUGUUCAGGUGCUUGUUUUUAAUAGCAUUAGUCACCUUCUUUCACUGCUUUGCCAUUUUACCUGUGAUACUGACUUUCCUGCCGCCGUCCAAGAAGAAGAGGAAAGAGAAGAAGAAUCCUGAAAACCGUGAGGAAAUAGAGUGCGUUGAAAUGGUGGAUAUGGAUAGUACCCGAGUGGUUGACCAAAUUACAACAGUCUAACUUGUUUGUUUGUUGCUUUUUUACACUAGGUCUUACCAAGGUUG